AUGGCUACAUGUUGUCCCCCUGCACAAUAUGGACCACUCUGUACGUAUAUGUGCCCAAUUACAUGUCGUGGACCAUGUCAUCUUGAAACUGGUCAUUGUUCAUUAGGUUGUUUAGAUGGAUGGAUGGGUGAAAAAUGUGAACAAGAGUGCAAUGAUAUGUUUUACGGUAAAGAUUGUCUUCAGCAAUGCUCAACAAAUUGUUUUGAUCCUAAAUGUAACCACCUGACUGGGAUUUGCAUGGGUGGUUGCAAUGAUGGAUGGCAAGGACCCAAUUGUACGCAAGGUGUGAACCAUCCGAUGGAUUGUGUUCUAACACAACCGCCUGUAAAACUGGUUACCAAUACGGGAAAUACUGCAAUAAAGGUAUACAAAAUGUUCAAUUAA